AUGAAGGUUCAGCAGCCCUGUCCGCGAACUGUUGAAAUCGAAGACGUCGAUCAAGAAUCUUUUCUAAAGCGGGAAGAUCUGGAUCACGAUGCCGACCUCGAGCUCACUCUGCAUAAACUUUUGACACAGGGACACCAGGAAAGCACUGCUGUCUCUGAGGCUCAUCAACACGAUCUUGCUGAGGGUAGUUACGAGUUUGAAAAUGCAAUUGAAAAGGCUAUCACUGAGAUGGAAAUGCCCGACCUCCACGAAGAGUCGAGAGAGAGCAGAAUGGGUUCCACCGUUGCUGAACAGAGUAUUAACAGCUUAACCGUUGAAAACAUUUUAAAGGAGACUAUGCUCCAUGGAAUUCCCUUAUUACCUCAAAAGCGCACCUUUGAGGACUCUCACGGGCAGGGGCAGAUGCAGCAGGGCAUAAGAAAGACAGGAACUCUAUAUGAGUCUCUGUCCCCAGAGUCGUUAUCUCCGUUUUCUGAUAACGGUUCGCUGGAAAGGCUUAAGAAAGAUGGCAAGGAUGUUAUGAGUGGAUCAAAAUCGGUCGCUCGCGGUAUGAAAGUCAGCCCUUCUGCCGAGACCAAAAGAAUUGGUGAUACGCAUCAAGAAAUCGUGGGAGAGGGAACACGACCAAUGACCAAGGAAUUUCUGGCUGCACAGGUUGCAGAGACCAAAAGGCGGAUGAUAAGUACCCACAAACUCUUGCUGAAUUUCAAUUUCCUAAGAGAUGCGUACGCAAAAUCAUGCAUCGAUCUGAAGAAAAGUGUCACAAAGUUGAAGGAGAGCGAAUGUCGCCGCGCUCAUCUUCUGCAAGAAAACGAACAAUUAAAGAGCUUGGUCAUACAAUUGAGUCAAAAAGCGAAUAGGACUCAAGUUUAA